AUGCGCCGUUUAUUUUCUCUUCUUUUAUGUUUGCUUUGUUUCGUCCUAUUUACGGGCAAAGCUCACUCGCAGGUCACCUUCAUUCAACCGCCGCCCGCAGGCCCUUCGCACGUUUAUCAAGACAAUCCAGCCUACAAAUAUGAUGCCACCGUUACUGUACAAUGGACUGGAGAUAUCCCAAAAUCGGUUCAGACGCUGCAAGUUGAAGUCUGGAGAGAUAUAAUUGACCCGUCGCCAGCAGAUGCUGGGUAUUAUCUAGAUUUGGGGAGCUUUCCCCCCUCACCCAAUAAAGGUUGGCUCGUCAUGAGUAUGCCGGCAUGGCUUUUUUCAAAAAACGGAACUGUCCCGCUUUAUUUCGUGUGUCUUGAUAAAGACACAUCGGACGUUCUCGGCGAAUCUCAUUAUUAUAACAUCACGAACGGGCCUACGAGUUCCUCUACUGGACCGGCCACGACUAGUGCAACUACAACGUCUUCUAAGUCAAGUGGAACUGGCACAGAUACUUCAAAAACAGCUGCAUCAAACACAGGUGCUGCUGUGGAUGGGACACCGCCACACUCGACAAGUCCAACGACCACGACAACGACGGCAUCGUCAACCGCCACACCACAAUCGACCGAAAAACUCUCUAAAAAGGCAAUUGCAGGUAUUUCGGUUGGGGCAAUAAUAGGCGGCGUAUCAAUACUAGCGGUGUUGGGUUUCCUGGCACGCAGGUAUGGAAUCUGGAGCAACGGUAGCUUUCAUAAUAUCUUUGGAAGGGGUCAACAGAGCGCAGCUCCUCAAAAUAACAUAGUAGAGCUACCGGUAGACAACCCAACGGAGCUGCAAGACAGUCAAGAGAUCAAAGAUUCAAGAGCCUGGAAACAUCCCAGAGGUUCCGGAGGUCUCUACGAAGUGGCUUAG